AUGUGCCCACUCUUCCCCGUCAGGCAGGCUAAAAUCGUUUUGUUACUAUCUAUGGCAUUUGUGCGCCAGUGUCUACAUGCCAGACUUUGGCAUUUUUGCUCGUUUGUCAAAGCGUCUUCAUUUUGCCGACUUCAUGUACCCGUCCGACAGGACAGGCCGGUUGCAAGAAUUAGCCUGAAGGAGGAUAAUGUCUUGCCAGAGUGUCUGUGCGCACCAUGCGCAAGAAUGCGACCAAAAUAUGCUGCUGGAGUUAUGCAGUCAAUAUCACCGAAAAUAUGCCCAUGGUUCAGUCUUUCUGGAAGCCGAUUGGCCAGAUUUUCCGGCACAGAAUGGUGUACAAUUGUUCCUGCUCCGUUGGGGUUGAGGGCGCACAAAUCGCCAUGGCUACAUGAAUGCGUACAGACACAAUCUCGCCUACAGCUAGAGGCGUUUUCGACCAGACGGCUCUACAAGUGUCUUGACAACCAGCUGAACAGUUAUGCCCCUUGUGUCGUAGUCUUGGCUGCCUAA